AUGAGCUCCCUUUAUCUGUCUCCGAGGUUUGACAUCCAUGGUGGUGGCUCAGAUCUGAAAUUCCCUCACCAUGAGAAUGAGAUCGCCCAGACAUGUGCUGCUUGUGAUGAUAGUGGUGUGACUUACUGGUUGCAUAAUGGGAUUCUCACCAAAGACAACGUGAAGAUGGGAUCAUCACUUGGCAACGUUGUUACCAUUAGAGAUAUCAUGGCGAAGUACCAUCCGCUGGUUCUGAGACACUUCUUGAUCAGUGCACACUACCGGUCUCCUCUGAGCUUUUCGGUAUUGCAGCUAGAGAGAUCGUCGGAUACUCUAUUAUCUAUUUAUCAGACUUUACAAAGUCUAACCGAAGCACUCUCCCCACAUCAAGAAGCAAUCUCCAGAGAUGGUACAGAGACAGAUCAGACUGCAAAAGCCAAAGCCAUCAUAAAGAAUGUGAAAAGUCACUUUGAAACUCAAAUGUCAGACGACUUGAACACUGCCAAACUACUCUCAGGGUCUUUUCAAGAUGCAAUGGGAUUCAUCAGCACUUCAAUCAUCAAGCUCAAGACAUCGCAAAAGAAGCACCUGAUGUCGAUGGUGGUGUCUCUGUCGGAGGUUGAGAAAGCAGUCAGGGAUGUUCUCGAUAUGCUUGGUUUGCUCACUCCUCUCACCUAUGCAGAUUUUUUGAAAGAGCUGAAACAAAAAGCUUUAGCAAGAGCAAAACUCGGAGAAGAAGAGGUUUCUGAGAACAAACUAGUUUUUGAGAGCAAUGAUGGGAGAGUGGUGCAUCGUUUUACUUAUGAUGCCUCAAAAUGCACAACAGCGGAGCUUAUGGAGUUUGUCACACCAGAUGAAAAUGUUGUGAAGUAUGUGAGGAAAAGUUGUGGGAAAUCAGAUCUAGCUGCUAGAAGAGAAUUUGAAGUAAUAUCUAGUAUGAGAGGUGUACCUGGAAUUGUGCAGUGUAUGGGAGACUCCAUCCAUGAGAUUACGUCAUUUGGUGAAAAUGAUAAGGUGUAUGGAUUCUUCAUGGAGUAUGCAGCAGCUGGGACUCUUGAUGAUGAGAUUAAAAAACAUAAGGGAUUGCCCAUAGCAACUGUGAAAAGGUUCACAAGAAUGAUUCUCAUAGGGCUUAAAUCGCUUCACCACCUAGGUUAUAUACAUGGACACUUGCAUUCUUGCAAUGUCCUCCUUUUUCCUUUGGAGGGGGAAUUAAUGGAAGCAAAAGUAUCAGAUUUUGGAGUGGCGAAAAGAAUUGGGGAAGACAACAGCUGGUGGAGCAUUCAGAAACCGUUCUUAGGGUGUUCAGAGAUCAUGUCACCGGAGUCGAUGUUGAGGGGAAUUCUCGUGGAAGCGCAUGAUAUAUGGGCUGUCGGUUGUCUAGUUCUAGAGAUGUUCACAAACAAACCCAUAUGGUCCAACUACAACAUUUUAAGAAUUGAGAGUGUUCUUGCACGAAAUGUGGCACCUACUAUUCCUCCCACCUUACCUGAUACUGCGAGGGAUUUUGUGAGAAUUUGUUUCGAAUUUGACCCUGAAGAACGCGCCACCAUUCCACAACUGUUGGAUCACCCGUUCCUGUCGGACCAGGAAGCUUAGGAGAGUCCCAGCUCAGAGACACGACUCAUCAGGAUCUCUCUCACUCCCUCUCUCUCUCUCUCUCUCUCUCUCUCUCUGUGUAUGCAAAUCAUAUAGGGCAUAACAGAAAUCUCUCUCUUUCUCUGUCUGAACUUAAGUAAUUAGGUAUCUUUUGUAACACGGCUAGCUUUUCCAAAGUUGAUGUUGUGUGGUUUUAACAGAUGGACGACAAUAGUUGCCCAUUACGUUGCGUUUUCUUUCAUGGAUAUUCCAAUAUGUGGUCAAAUCGUUCCUCUAUUUUGUCU